AUGAGCAUUCCAGUCGGAGACGCCGAGAAACAUGCGAUCGAGAAGAUUGAGAACGUCGAUGAGGGAGAGAACCCCCAUGACCGGACAGACCCGGUCGAAGCGAAGAAGGUGCUCCGCAAGAUCGACUAUCGCUUGCUUCCGGUUCUGAUGGCGCUGUAUACCACGACCUUCCUUGAUAGGGUCAACAUCGGAAACGCUAGAUUGUGGAACAUGGAGCGAGAUCUGGGCAUGAAAGGCUACCAGUAUAACAUUGCCGUCUUGGUAUUCUACAUCCCGCUGGUCCUCUUCGAGGUUCCAUCCAACAUGCUACUCAGUCGUCUUAAGCCGCGCUAUUAUAUUUCUGGAUUAUGCAUGGGAUGGGGAUUGACGAUAACGUUCAUGGGUUUCGCGCAGAGCUAUGCUGGCUUGGUCGCCGCCCGCAUUCUAAUCGGAGUCUUCGAAGCCGGCAUGUUGCCAGGAUGCAUCUAUCUGCUCGGCGCGUGGUAUAGGAGGCACGAACUCGUCACUCGCGUAUCAUGGCUCUUCGUGUCAAACGAUAUUGCAGGAACCAUUUCUGGACUCCUCGGCGCCGGCCUUGGUUCGCUGGACGGCAAAGCGGGAUACUCUGGGUGGCAGUGGAUCUUCUUCAUCGAGGGUGCAAUGACCUGCCUUGUGGCUGUGGUAUCCUUCCUCUUUCUACUUCCGUUUCCGGAGCAAUCGACUUUCCUGCCUGCAGAAGAGAAGGAAUGGCUCAUGAAGCGUCUCUCCGCCGAUGACCGGCGCCGCAGUGGCGAGAAGAUCGGCGUUAGAGGUGCGCUCAAAGCGCUUUCAGACUGGAAAGUACUCUGCACUGGUUGGCUGUACCUGUCGGUGACUGUUGCGGCAUACGCCAUCUCCAUUUUCCAGCCGACGAUUCUGUCGGCGUUUGGGUGGAGCGAUGUCAAGUCAAACCUGCUGAGCGCACCGGUCCGGAUCGCAUCUGGAAUCUUUUCCGUUUCCGUGGGGAUAUGGUCUGACAAGGUGGGCCGCCGUGGGCCGUUCUGCGUAUCCGGAUUCACCGUUGCCAUCGUAGGGAACCUCUUGGUUAUGCUCGUGACGAAGAGCGGCGUGAGAUACUUUGGAAUCUACGUCGCCGCCAUAGGAACGUACAUUUGUCAGCCACUGGUUCUUGCUUGGGGCAUGAACCAAGUAGUUGGCGAAACGAAGCGUGGUGUAACAUCGGCUUUCGGAGCCGGGUUUGGCUCAGCUGGCGGCAUUGUGGCUUCCCUGGUCUUUCCAAAGAAGGAUGCUCCCAGGUACUAUCCAGGUAUCGGAACUUGUAUCGCAUUCUCGUUCUCAGGUAUCAUAGCCUCUUGCUGUAUGUGGGUAUUCUGUGCUUGGGAGAACAGAGCCAAAGAACAAGGGAAGAGGGACCAUCUGCGACGUCUUCCGGAAGACGAGCAAGCGAAAUUGGGAGAGAGACAUCCGGAUUUCAGAUACACUCUUUAA